ACAGGUAUAUAUUUCGAAAUAUUUGCUUCAUAUUUCUUUGAACUGUCGGAAAGUACUCACAGAAGUUUGCGAUAAAUGUGAGGAAAAUUUUCUUUACGGAAAUUGUCACUGAUAAUACAUACAGCGUUUGGUAUUCUGUCGGAAUCUGAACAAGAUGUUUGGAUUUUGCAAAUCCAAUUCUACCAUUCCAAUUGCGCAUCUGGAUUAUAAAUAUAUCAGCGAAUGCAAUAAUGCAAAGGAAUUGGAAAAACUGUUGAAGAUACUCAGGUCUGGCGAAGAGGGCCAUUAUCCUGAUCUUGUGAAAUAUACAGAAAAAAAAUUGGAUUCUUUAAGCCCUCAGAGCAAAUUAUUACAGAAAGAAACAAAAGUAAAAUCUUUCAAGGAACUGGACAAGAAUGAAAGUUCAGUGCUAAUGGAUGAUUUGCUGGAAUGGUCUAGUCAAAUGUCACAUGUUGAUAAAGAAAUUCUAGAAGGACCAGCUAAGCCAGAUUCUGUACCUGAAUACCCUCCAAUCAGAGUGUCAUCAUCUACAAAAGAAACUAAGAACAAUCUACAGGAUAAAUCUUCAGAUAUCGACUCAAGAAGACAAGCUGCUCCAAGAUCUUACACUGAGUGGGACAAGCUGAAUGUUGAAAAAGAACUUAAGGAUGUUGACAAAGUUAUUAAUAAAAGUCCUUCAAAUGAAACAAGGAUAAAUGAUACAGCAAAGUCUGUUCCAGCAAAAGUUGAAAUACCUGCAGAUUCAACAGAGAGCGACAAAGCUGCUAAAGCGAAUCAAGAGAAAAACAAAGGGAACGAGGCUUUUAAGGCAGGAGAUUUCAAUGAGGCGUUGGUGUAUUACAACCGAAGUAUAUUCUUGCAACAGUCACCAGUAUUGUUCAAUAACAGAGCAAUAACAUACAUAAAAUUGGAAAGAUUUGAAGAUGCCAUAAAAGACUGCAAUAAAGUUUUGGCAGAGGAGCCUGAUAAUUUUAAAGCAUUUCUGCGUCGAGGAAUUGCCUUAAAAUCGUUAAAGCGAUUUAAGCAGGCCUUGCAUGAUUUCAAAACGGUAUUAGAGUUGGCACCAACAAACAAGCGAGCACAAAGUUUGGCUGACGAGGUGAGAAAGUCUUUGAAAGAAACUGGAAAUUUGGAUUAUGAUGCAAGUGGUGAACCGACUGUCAACGGCAAAGAUAAUGGAGAAACGGCCAAAGGAAAACGAUUGAUUAUCGAAGAAAUUGAAAGUAUCAAUCAAAGAGAGAAUGAAAAAUUCGAAGCAAAAGAGGAGCAGCCUGUCAGAAAAGGAAAGCGAUUGAAAAUUGUUGAAGUUGAAAAUGCCGAAGACAUUAGUUCAGAUCAUAAAAAAGAGAACCCCAAAAAUGGCGAUUUCAGUCCGAACUCGCAAUCAGUGAAUGUUGAUGCGAUGGAAACUGCAAAGUCGAACGAAUCUCAAGGAAAGGAUAAUUUGUCAACAGGAGAAACUGCAGUUUCGGAGAAGGCGAAUUCUGGAAGUGUAGCGAUGAUGGCUAAUGAGGAACAAGAUUUGAAAGGAAAAGAUGUUACUUCCAAUGCAACACAAGCUGAAAAUCCAAGUAACGUAAAUAAAGAAUCUGGCACAGUUCACAAAGAAUUGGUACCAGUGGCAGUUCUGCCAGUUCCAGAGGAUGUACUGUCUUUAAAAAAUGAUGGAAAUUCAUUAUACAAGGACGGACGAUUUGCUGAGGCAAGAGAUAAAUAUUCUGCUGCGAUUGAUAAACUGGGCAAAGGAACCAAGGGACAUGAAUUUUCAGUAGCUGUAUUAUUGAGUAACCGAGCAAUGUGCAGUUCGAAAAUUGGAGACUGCAAGGGAUGCAUAAAAGAUGCAACAGAGUCAAUAAAAUUAUCGCCAACUGCGAAAGCCUUUUUAAGAAGAGCCUCUGCAUACGAGACUAUAGAGAAUUAUCGAUACGCCUAUGUCGAUUAUCAGACUGCAGUUAGCUUUGACAAUGCAUUGCAUGCUGGAUGGAGUGGUAUUUCGAGACUCACAAAUCUGCUGCGAAAUCGGGAUGGCGCUGGCUGGAGAGAGAAGCUGCCAAAAUCUGAAUCCUACGCCAACCUUCAGAAAUUAGUCAGUGGUUCUAAUGGACAAGAAGCUCCAAGAAUAUCUAGUGGAAGUGCUCCCGUUUCAAGCAAUGCACAGAUUCCUGAAGCUAAAUCUGGCUCUCCUAAAGUGCCGAAAAUGGAGGUUGAUAUAAAUCAAGUUGAAGCGCAGUUUAGAAAUAUUAAAGAAAAAGGAAAUCAGUUUGUCCAAAAGAAAAUGUUUGAAGAUGCUGUUAAUUGCUACACACAAUGUAUUGGCUUGCUGCCAAAUGAAGUAGCUUGCUAUACAAACAGAUCGCUAUGUUAUCUCAAAUUAAACAAGCCUUUGGAAGCGGAAACCGACGCAACGAAGGCGCUCAGCCUUCAGAAAGACAACAUUAAAGCCCUGUUUAGGCGUGCAUCUGCUCGCAAAAUGUUGAAUCGAUACGCAGAUGCAAUGGAUGACCUUUCACAACUUUUAGAGUGCGACAAAAGCAACAUGCCUGCAAAGAAAGAACUCGAAAUCAUUAAAAAGCUACAGAAUGAAUCUUGUGUUGGAGAAGUAAGCCGUGAUGAAACGAAGACGAAGACAGUGCCGAAAAAUGAUACUUUACAAGAUAAAGAAGAAAGUGGAAAUACAAUUUAUACAAAAGAGAAAUUGGUAGAAGAAAUCCGCAACGCAGCUUUUGCAGAGCAGAAUGCUGGUCCUAGAAAUGUGGCUGAGAAAAAAGGGAAAAGAUUAAAAAUAAUAGAAAUAGAUGAGUUAAAUGAUAUCAAUAAACUUGCUGAUAAUAAUAAAGAAGAGGAUAAGAUAUCUUUUUCUGGCAUUGAAAAAAACGAUAGAAAAGAUACAUUACUUAUAGAAACAGAAUCAGAAACCUUUAGUGGGAAUUCUAGUUUUAAGGGCUCUGUCUAUGAAAGUUUAUUAUCAUUUGAAGGCAUACAUGUUGCUGAUAGCUUAGAGAAGUUAAUAGCAGAGGGAGAGAGAUCAUUUAAUAGAGGCAGCUACGCUGAUGGAACCAAACAUUUUACCAGAGCAAUAGAUUCGAUUUUAUCAGGUCCAGAGCGCCCGAAAAGUCUUCUCGCUGGUCUGUAUCAAAAUAGAGGUAUCUGCGAGUUUAGAGCUGGGGACUCCAAAAGUUGUGUUGAUGAUGUAACCGAAUCGCUGAAUUAUGACGUCAAAGCUACUUCAUACGUUCUGAGAGCGAUUGCGUUGGAGAGUCUAGAAAGGUAUAGAGAUGCCUACGUGGAUUACAUGACUGCCUUGCGAAAAGACUCGUCUAUCAAAAUGGCAUGGGAUGCAUCAACAAGGCUCAUCGAUAUUUUACGAAAUCAAGAUGGUCCUCGUUGGAGAGAUAAGUUACCAAAACAGAAUGAACCGGAGCCGGAGCGAAGAGGAAACCAAGAAGACCGGUCGGAAGACAGACAUGGACCGCUGCAGCAACAGGGAAAAAGAACAGAAAUUGAGGAGGACCAAUUGUCUCGUGAUGAAGCGGUAUUAAAUCCGGAAAUCAGUUCAGACAAAGAACAAAUAAAGUCAGCGAAAAAAUCUGAAUCAAGGCAAGAAAGGUUUAGGAAAGCAAAAGAACUUGGCAAUAAAUGUGCGCUAGAUGGGAAUUUUCAAGAAGCAGCAGCCCACUACAGUCAUUGCAUCGAUCUGUUUCCAGAAGAAGCUACUUCUCUCACCAACAGAGCUCUGUGUUAUCUCAAACUCAAUAAGCUAAAAAAAGCCGAGAAUGAUUGCACAAAAGCUCUUGACUCGCAGCCAGACAAUAUAAAAGCUCUUUUCCGGCGGGCGCUGGCGAGAAAAACACCUGGUAAGUACAAGGAAGCACUGCAAGAUUUGACUGCACUGUUAAAACUAGACCCACAAAAUGGUGCGGCUAAAAAGGAACUAGAGACUAUUAAAGAUCUGUGGAGGGAAGAACUGAAAAACUUAGCAUCGAAAACGAAUGAGAAGAAUGGGACAGCAGCUAGUCAACAAAAACCAAAGAAGGGAGCGAAAAUCGAAGAAAUUCCAACGAAAGUGGCUGGCUCUCAACCCAAAGAAGGAACUGCCUGCCAAAAAGAGUCGAACCAGGGUAGAACAGGAAAAGAAUCUAUGCAACGAUCCCCUCGAAAAUUUCAUCUUAGAAAAGCGACUGGAUUUGAGUUUCUAAAAGCGUGGAAUGAAUUAAAAGGUAAAAGUUUAAAAGAACAUGCCGACUUACUGUCUCAGAUUGAGCCUUCUCAAUUGCCAAAAGUGAUAUCAAACAAAAUUGAUGGUGAAAUGAUCCAGACGAUCGUUUCCUGUGUCCAUGAAUUCUUCAUGACAAAAGACAAGUUACUGCAAGGCUUCAACAUUCUGAGAUAUACAGGAAAGGCUGAUCGGUUUAACAUGGGAAUUAUGUUCUUGUCAACGAAAGACCUUUCCAACAUAAGACGAGUCAUUGAAGAUUUCGAAGGAAAACUGAAGGACUCGAACUCAAUCGUCUCUGCGAAGGAGAUUAGUGAGUUGAAAAAAGCCUACAAAGUGUCAUGAUAAAGACAUUUCUAUUAUUGCGUAUGAUUUGAAAUUGUUUGAGUUUACGAAGUAUUCAAAUGUGUCCUCUGCCUUGCUGUGCCCCCCCCCCUAGAUAUUUUAAAUGCAAUCCAAGAAUUUUUAUCUUUUUAUGAUUUUGUUCAUGUUCAGAGAGGCUUGGAAGAUAAAAUUCUGCCCUUAAUUAUUUGGUCUUUUUAUUGAACGCUUGCAUCUGAUGCCCGCACCUCUUUGCAAAGGGCAAAGAAUUAAGCCACCCUUCGAUCGAUACCGCCCAUCGUACCCUUGCUGUCUGUGAUCUGUAUUUGUCCUCCAACUACUUUUGCUAUUGAGACUAUAGAUUUAUAAACAUACCACCCGGCUCCUACUACCUCAGGUGCAUCAAUCAGUUGAAAUCAUUUGCAUUUCUUCAUCUUCUUGAAUAUUCAUUGCCUUGUGCGUGUUAUUAUGUUUAUUUGUUUGUUUGUUUGUUUCAUGCUUGUUUGCUCAUUUGUUGUGGGUUGUCAAUUGCAAUUUUUGUGGGUUUGAUUCGCCUACGGAUGAAAUGAUUGAAAAGAUUUGUAUUAUUAACUUCAGUCUUACUUAUCCAAUUAAUUAUGUUAUCAUCGAAAAAAAUACCCAGUGAAAGGCAAUUUUUUA